CAUGUCUUUCACUCCAACCACUAUCUGGCCGCUCCCUUCUAUUCCCGAUGCUAUCUUCACCGACAUUUUGGGUGAUAUCAAUACUUCUCAACCAUCGGAUAGCAGCGCAUUCAAUACGGGCCUAGAUGGGCGUGACAACAGCUGCGUCGUCUGCGGUUUUAAUGCCCGUAGCAUAUUGCACCAUUGUCAUAUCAUCCCCCGUGCCGACAAAAGCACGUGGGCGCUCAUGCGGGACCUGCACUACAUCCCCAGCAACGCCAAAUCCGUUGAACACGAACCCCGCAAUGGAAUCCUUAUGUGCCCAACGCACCAUGCGGGCUUUGACAAACAUCAGUUUUAUAUUCGGUGGAUUUCUGAGACCAAUACCUUUGUCGUUGUCAACCAUUCGCAAGAUUCCAACUGGGAAGCUCUGCAUGGCAAUGUGCUGCAUUUCAACACCAACACGAAGCGAUGCCCCUUCCCCACUGCCUUCCUAUGGCAUGAAUAUCGUGUUCGUGGCUUUCAUCCCACCCGUGGCGACCGUCUGGUCCCCAUCAAGAGCGGUGGUUUACAAGGUGGAGGUUUCGCUGGUGGGCGUGAUGGUGCUGAACCCCAUGAUGAUAAUGUUGGCAGACGUGGCGGUGGAGACCCUGGGAAUGGUGGUACUGGUGCUGGCGAACAGGUUGAAGCCCAUGAAGGCAAUGCAAGCGGGCAUGACGACAUGAACAUGGCAACUUUUACUCCCAUGCGUUUGGAGGGUGAUAAUUUGGCCGCGUGGCUCAAAGCAGCGCGGGAACACUCGUCGUGGAAGGACUGUGUAGUGGAGAACACGUCCUGGAAUGGGACGGCUGCGGAGAAUAUUGAGAAGUACCAACGUGAGGUUGGUGUCUCUGAGAGAGAGGUUGAUCAUAUGGCCUCCUUCACAUACACCGCCUACCUCACCUCCGAGUUGCAAGGGCAUUG